UUAUGUUAGAUUAGAUUUCUUUUUAGGUUAGGAAUGUAAAAGCGACAAUUUUUCAAGACUAGAGAUUAACUCUUUUAAUCAUGUCUAAUAAAAGAAAACCUGAUUCUCAAGUCCCGGCCGAAGAAAGUGACCUUUUAAUAAUUAGGCCACUAGGCGCCGGUCAAGAAGUUGGUCGAUCUUGUAUAAUGCUUGAAUUUAAAGGAAAAAAAAUUAUGCUUGAUUGUGGAAUUCAUCCAGGAUUAUCAGGCAUGGAUGCGUUGCCUUUCGUUGAUUUGAUUGAGGCAGACGAAAUCGAUUUGUUGCUUAUAUCUCACUUCCAUUUAGAUCACUGUGGGGCUUUACCUUGGUUUUUACAAAAAACAAGUUUCAAAGGCCGUUGCUUCAUGACUCACGCCACCAAAGCGAUUUAUCGGUGGUUGUUGUCAGAUUAUGUAAAAGUCAGCAACAUUGCAACUGAACAAAUGCUCUACACUGAAGCUGACUUGGAAGCUAGUAUGGAUAAAAUCGAGACAAUUAAUUUCCAUGAGGAGAAAGACGUUUUGGGGAUCAAAUUCUGGGCUUACAAUGCAGGGCAUGUCUUAGGUGCCGCCAUGUUUAUGAUUGAAAUCGCCGGUGUUAAAAUAUUAUACACUGGCGAUUUUUCGCGUCAAGAAGACCGUCAUUUAAUGGCUGCAGAGAUCCCAACAGUUCACCCUGAUGUCCUAAUUACAGAAUCUACAUAUGGUACCCACAUUCACGAAAAGAGAGAAGAACGUGAAAGUCGUUUUACAAAUUUAGUCCACGAUAUAGUCAACAGAGGCGGUCGCUGUUUGAUUCCCGUUUUUGCCUUAGGCCGAGCGCAAGAGUUGCUCCUGAUUUUGGACGAGUAUUGGAGCCAACAUCCCGAUUUACACGAUAUUCCCAUCUAUUACGCCUCCUCAUUGGCUAAAAAAUGCAUGGCUGUGUAUCAGACUUACAUCAACGCCAUGAACGAUAAAAUUAAGCGACAAAUCGCCAUAAAUAAUCCGUUUGUGUUCAAACACAUCUCGAAUCUGAAGGGCAUCGACCAUUUCGAGGACAUUGGCCCUUGCGUAAUCAUGGCCUCCCCCGGCAUGUUACAAAACGGCCUUUCUCGUGAACUUUUUGAGUCCUGGUGCACCGAUGCGAAAAACGGUGUUAUAAUUGCCGGCUACUGUGUCGAGGGAACUCCAGCGAAAACAAUCCUUUCCGAACCCGAAGAAAUAACAACAAUGGUUGGCCAAAAACUCCCCUUAAAAAUGUCAGUCGAUUAUAUUUCGUUUUCUGCUCAUACUGAUUACCAACAAACGAGUGAAUUUAUUCGAAUUCUCAAACCGCCACAUGUCGUUUUGGUGCAUGGAGAGCAAAAUGAAAUGAAUCGGCUUAAAGCCGCUCUUCAGAGGGAGUACGAGGAUGACCCCAACACCACUAUACAUCUCCACACACCGCGAAAUACGCACGCCGUUGAGUUGUAUUUCAGAGGGGAGAAGACGGCGAAGGUUAUGGGGAGUCUUGCGGUUGAGAAACCUAAACCUGGGAAUGUGUUAUCUGGGGUUUUGGUCAAGAGGAAUUUUAAUUAUCAUUUGUUGGCGGCUAAUGAUUUACCAAAAUACACUGAUAUGAGUAUGAGUCAAAUUAUGCAAAGACAGAGUAUCCACUAUUCAGGGAAUGUCGGCGUUUUGCGACACUUGUUGACCCAAGUGGCGGGUCUACUCGAACCAGUGGAAGGGGACAAAAAGACAAGGGCUUUUAAUGCUAUUGAUAUUACAAUAGAAAAUAAAAUUGUAACGCUAGAAUGGGUUGCCAAUCCUGUUAAUGAUAUGUACGCCGAUGCUAUAGUUGCAGCGAUUCUUCAAGCCGAUUUAUUGGAUACUCCUAUUAAAAAUUUGUCAACUAGUGUGAAAGUGGAUCGGAUGCAUUUUAAAGAAUGUUUAAUUGAAAUGUUGCAAGACAUGUUUGGAGAAGAUUCAGUCCCGAAAAUGUUCAAGGGGGAGAAAUUGUAUGUUACAGUGAACGAUAAAAAGGCUGAUAUUGAUUUAUCCACUCUGGAAGUGACGUGUCCUGACGAUGAGACUUUUAAGCAAAUUGUGGAAACUGCGGUGUCGAAAUUGUAUCAAUCAUUAGCCCCACCACAAAUAUAAGUUAUUGUGUAAAACUUUUUAAUAAAUUAAAUUAAUUUUUUU